CCUUUGUAUUUCGUCGUUUUCGUCCUAGGACGAUCCUGUCCCCCCUUACUGACUGGUCUUUCGUUUCUGCUCUGUUUUCCAGUGCCCAGGCUCACGGUGAAGAAUAUCGAGAACCUGCAGUACAAGAGGAGACCGGUGAUUCACAAGUGCACCAGGUGUGGCAAAGGUUAUCAAUUGGAAACGUCGCUGAGGAGACACCAAAGGCUCGAAUGCGGCGUCGAGCCGAGACAGAGCUGCCCGAUUUGCGGCAAGAAGUUUAUGCAUAGAUUCAAAAUGACCCAUCAUUUGGCCUCGGCUUCUGGCGACGAUGCUGCUGAGUCAAGAGUCGCAACAACCGCGCGAGAACAGCGACCUGGUCUGGGAUCACGUGGCUAUGCUCGGUAUGCCGUACAAACCGAUCAGAAGUUGGAGGAACUCGAAGGACGCCGAUCCAAAAUACAUUUGCAACAGAUGCGGGAAAACGUACAAGGCUACCACGUCGCUCAGUCGUCACAAGAGGCUCGAAUGCGGCGUGGUGCCUUGAAGUUGCAGAACGUCUCUCAGAAGAGCACCGAUCCACUUGCGCUUCCCGAAGAACGGGAGUAG